CCGCCAAGACAGGCAGUUCGCGCCCCGGGGCCCCGGCUCGGCCCGCGCCGCCGCCGGCCCCGCCAUGGCGGAGGUCGGGGGCGUCUUUGCCUCCUUGGACUGGGACCUGCACGGCUUCUCCUCCUCUCUGGGGAACGUGCCCUUAGCUGACUCCCCGGGUUUCCUGAACGAGCGCCUGGGCCAGAUCGAGGGGAAGCUGCAGCGCGGCUCGCCCACAGACUUCGCCCACCUGAAGGGGAUCCUGCGGCGCCGCCAGCUCUACUGCCGCACCGGCUUCCACCUUGAGAUCUUCCCCAACGGCACGGUGCACGGCACCCGCCACGACCACAGCCGCUUCGGAAUUCUGGAAUUUAUCAGCUUGGCUGUGGGGCUGAUCAGCAUCAGGGGAGUGGACUCUGGCCUGUACCUAGGAAUGAAUGAGCGAGGAGAGCUCUAUGGAUCGAAGAAACUCACACGUGAAUGUGUUUUCCGGGAACAGUUUGAAGAAAACUGGUACAACACCUAUGCCUCCACCUUGUACAAACACUCGGACUCGGAGAGACAGUAUUAUGUGGCCCUGAAUAAAGACGGCUCACCCCGGGAGGGAUACAGGACUAAACGACACCAGAAAUUCACUCACUUUUUACCAAGGCCAGUAGAUCCUUCUAAGUUGCCCUCCAUGUCCAGAGAUCUCUUCCGCUAUAGGUAAUGGACCUGUGGUGCCACCUCUGUGACCCAUGUACUCUGUGACCAUGGUUGGCUCUGCAAACACUAUACUCAUAGCUUUUCAAUCCUUCCUUCCUAUCAAUUAGAUAACAGAGAAGCACUCACUGUUCAAUGUGACCCAGCUGUCCCCUUGUUCAAAGUGUAUAUCAAGGUUGGGUUAUUUUGGGGAGGGACAUGGGGGAGGGGUGGUUCUGAGGGAAAUGUGUAUAUACUUUUUGUUUUACUCAUGUUCUUUCCCGAGAUGUGGCAUUACAAAGAACAAGGGCCCCCAUUAAGGGCCAAGGCUGUCUUGCCUCACAAUCUACCCAGAUACCUUGAAAUGGGGGUACAAAUGAAAGACCAAGGAAUCUGCCACAGAUGCUACCUAAAGAGCUCUGGGAAAGUGUUAUUUGGAAAAUCCUAGGGGCUCCAACCCUGCUGCAAGCCAUCCCUACCCUGGCUCUGCAGAUCUCUCAUUCGUCCUGACAUGCAGUUUUCCUGCCACCGGAAGUGGGAGAUAUGGGGUAGGUUGUAAGGAAAUGAUAUUAAAAUGUAAGCGUGGAUACUGUGCAUAAGGACAAACUAUUUAUAAAAUGUAUAUGCUAUUUAUUUUAUAUAUUUAUUUAUUUCAAAAUAAUUUUAUUUUUAAUGAGAGAUGCUAUGACUGGAUUUUCUUCAGAAAGAAUAAGGUCCUACUGAAACAGGAAAAAAUGAGUUAUUAAAGGCUUUUAUUUGGCAAUAAAAUUGUCUUUAUAUUAUAAAACCAGUGUCUAAUUCUAUUGCUUUACACAUUCAGUAGAAUGAAGAGGCUGGCCAGCUUCUUUUUUUUUUCCUCCAGGUUAAUAAAAUCCCCAAUGACAGGCUGAUGCAGCUUGAGCUGGGUAACUCCAUCACCUAGUUUGGUAGCAUUAUCCAGGCACCUUCUUCAAGACCUACUGCUCUUUUUUGGUCCCAUGACUCAAGGGAGCUUUAGGAAGACCUCAACUCACAGCUCCUACUGAAGCUCCCAUUUGUAAACCUUCAGGAUUGGGCAUAGAGGAACCUUUCUUGGGGACAUGAUGAGGGCCCACAGCUCUAAGAACAGCGACCUAAUCAGUGGAUCUUUAUUUCAGAUAUGAAGGUGAAGCAAAUUAAAAUAGUAGUCAGCAAGGAGAGGAGUUUUUGAGCCAAUCAAGUUCCCUGCUGGAAGACAUCAUCCUACUGGCUCUGACCAUCCCCAGCAUCUUUUACCAGGGCUUCUAGAGGAUUCUGGGAAACUGUUAGCACAUUCCCUUAGAGCAGCUCUUGCCCAGCAGAAUCACCUGGAAACUGUUGCUCAAGGAUAGAAAUCAGCAGAAACUUAGUUCUGGGCCAGGCACUUUGCAUGGUACCGAGCUUUCCAGAGUUUCCCUAAGCAUGCCACAUCAUACAUGUGAUCCCUAAGCAUAUAGUGAUAGAUUUUUGUUAGUGGUUUUUUUUUUGUUGUUUUUUUUUGUUUUUUUUUUUUUUUGUUUUGUUUUUUGCAGGCAAAUGGCUCAUAAGUGAAUUGGUGGGCAAGUGUUAGUCCAGAGAAUGAAGAAGGAUUAGUUUCAUACCUCAGAGCUCUUCCUCUCCGAGAUCAGCCCUAAAGUAUCUUGACUUCAAAUCCAUCGACUCUGGUAUUUCCAGAAGUAGGGGUGCAAGAGGUUGGAAUCAAAGCAAUAAAAGUCUUGGUGAGCACACCAACAGUAUGAAGGCCUAAUUGGCAAAGGUUUGGAAUCUAGGAUAGUUCUUCCUCAUCCUGCCCAUUAUGAAGGCAUCUGCUACUUUUCUAACUAAUUGUACCUGUGAGUCAGACAGACACCAGCUCACAUGCAAAGCAAACCCAGUGGUAUAGGUGCAGAUCAAUGGUGAAGUGCUUCUUAGCAUGGGACGAGCCCUAGAUUCCAUCCCUCCAGCACCACAAAAAAGCAAAACCAAAAGAGCUAUUAAAGUUCACCUCAAUUUAAGUACCCAAUAAAGAAGUCACACACAUAUGGGGAUACUGACCUGUGGUGAGAGCUAAAUUGAGGGCUGGGACUAUAGCUCAAUGGAAGAACACUAGCUUUCCAUGGUCCAGUUUGUAGUGCUGCAAGAAAUAAGUCAGUAAAUAAAGACAAAAACUAACAAACAAAAUUAAGUUAUUACAUGGCAUGUAGUCAUUGGCUAGCAUGCUGAUUGGGGGAAUCCCUAAGGUGGACAUUUCAGUGGGCUAGGCUUAGUAGGGUGUUUUCCAACAGUGAUAAUGUCUGCUUUGAAGAACCAAUAGCAUUAAGGAAAGCAAAACAUUGUUUAUGUUGAGCUAUGGAAAAGAGACACUGUCUAUAAAAUUCUCUAAAAUUAAAAACCUGCUACAUCC